AUGGCAGAGGAGCAAGUUCGUUCGCUAGAUGGAUUCAGCAUAUUCGGCUUGAUCAUCGUUCUUCUGGCUAUGGUCCCCGUGUUGUUCCCGAUUCGAAUUGGCCUUGGAGAGUCGUUAACGGGUGCAUUGAAGAAGUUGGCCAUCGGGUGUCGAUUGGUUGGCCCUCCCUCAGAGUCGCAAGCUGCUGCUACAUCCACACAGCCCCCCAGCCCAACCACUGCGGCAAAUUGGCAGCUCGUAUUGAACCUAACCACCUCACCUCCAAUCGCAGUACUCAUCCUGCUCGCAACCACCACGAUCAAUGGGGGAGUCAUCCGGAGCGGAAUCGUCGGCGAGGGCGACAGCAAACCCUAUGAUGUACUUGUCCUGUUUAUCUCACUGGCUUAUAUCGCGACCGCACUUGACUCAACGGGCGCUUUGAGAAGUUUGGCAUUCCUCGUCUCGAAUCACACGAGCGGGUCCGGCCCACAACUGUACUUUGUUUUGUACUGUUUCUUCUUCGUCUUUGGAGUGAUCUUUGGUAACGACCCGAUCAUUCUCUCGGGCACUGCAUUCUUAACGUAUUUCUUGAAGCAUUGCGGGGUCACCAAUCCCACCGCAUGGAUCUUCAUGGAGUUUGUUGCUUCUAAUGUCGCGAGUGCUGUCCUGGUGAGCAGUAACCCAACUAAUGUCCUGCUUGCCCAAGCUUUUGACUUGAACUUUUUGACGGGGUUUACAAAAUUCACCAUCAUUCCUUCCCUGGUUUCGGCUAUUGUGGGAUACAUCUUGCUCUAUGCGCUCUUCAAAUCUCUGACAGUCAGCGAAACCCACAUCAGUUCAUCGCCUCUGCCCGAGGGAGAGGGCAAAUUUCCAAUAAGCCAAUCGCCCGAACACGCCAUUAAGAGCAGGCUAGCGCCAUUCAGCGUAACCAGGAUCCUUCAGCUUCCGAAAGCGAUGUUCCGAGCAAUCCCACGAGCCAACUACAUUCCCGAUAAAUUGAAUCAACCGAUCGUGAAUCCACGCUCGGUACUAGUUGACCCACAAGGUGCAUUUUUCCAUGGAACGUUAAUGAUCACUACGUUGCUCCUUUUGGUUGGGGUGACUUUCAUCAAGACUGCCUCGGUUUGGCAUGUGACUAUGCCAGCAGGCAUCCUGGCUUUGAUCCGAGACAUUAUUUGGGAUCUUCGAUCGCAAAGCCGGAAGUCGAGCCCCGUCGAAGAACACGAACUCGAGCAAGAUCUGGGUCGCCUUCCACCUGCUGAAGGAUUAUCCAAAACUGUUCAAGAAGAUCAGCUGCCCCGAAAGAGCGACGACGCGUCUAUCCCUAUCGCUCAACCGAAGCGACCUGACCCUCUUCAUCUUACCGGGAAUGUUAAGCAGGCAAUUGAUCAACCUGUUCAAGCAAAUGAGCUUGCGACUCUCUACUCGGUUCCUCCAACCAAGCCUUCAUCACAGCAAGACACACGGUGGAAUCUCGCUGGAUUUGCGGCCGACUUAGCGCGACGGUUUCCGUGCACCUCAAGGACAAUUGAACAUUUGCCAUUGCCCUUGUUGCCGUUCGCUAUCGCGAUGUUUAUUCUAAUCAGCUCCUUGAGUCAUUUGGGCUGGGUGACUGUCUUCGCUCGCUGGCUUGCUUCCGUUUGCACGACUCCAGCUCGGGCAGUUUAUAUUAUUGGCUUGCUAGGCAGCAUGGUAUUAUGCCCUUUUAUGGGCACUAACAUUGGAGCGACAAUAUUAAUGGUAAAUGUGAUCUCAGAUCCGCACUUCAGAAUGAACUCUCGAGUGAUUGAAGAUCCGAGGAUCCUCACAUCGGCGAUCUUUGCGACUGCAAUGUCGUCGAAUAUUGGUGCCUUUAGCUUGACAAUCCCUUCCUCUUUAGCCGGCUUGUUAUGGCGCCAAAUCCUCCAGCAAAAGAGUAUUUUGAUCCGCAAUCGGGAUUUCCUGGGUUGGAAUCUCUUGCCCGUUCUAGUUCUCAGUUUGGUCUCCUUAACCAUCGUUUUUGUCGAAGUCAUGUUUAUUUUCAAGGUUUAA